GUUUUCCCUUCCGUGCAAGCUGGAUGUUUUUGAUUUGACUCAUUGUGGCUUGCAGCGUAUUUUGUGCUGUAGCUGUAGCUUUGAAGCUCUCCUUUUGCACUCGCGCGAUGGCAGUCGCUUUCAAGAUGGAGCUCUCGCGGCCAGCGCCCUUGCAGCUGCCAUCAGAACCGCCUUCGCCUGCUGGGUCGCUGGUCUUUACGCCAGGAAAUGCCCCUUCCACAUAUUGGAGGACUACCAUUUGCCCUGGUGCUCCAUACAAGCGCGACCAGCGCGCGGGAUCCACCCCGAGGUCUGGGCCCCCGACUCCAGCAGUGUCGUGGCCAAGCCCGACCAGCUUGGCCUUCGAGCCUAGCUUUCAGCUUACGCCCACGAAUACUUUGAGCUCUGCUUUUCCAGAGACAUUUUUCAGGCCCACGAGGCCAACGCUGCGGCGUGCCUGUACCUUGCCCCCAGCACAUGAGACGGUGGAUUCGGACGACGACGAGGAGCUGCUGGACUUCCAGAUCGAUCGCACUGUCUCCGAGCCUCACGUGCCUCAGGCCGUAUGGAAGGAAGACGGUCGGCGCCGGCGCACGCGAUUCCACAUGUCAACCAGGAUGUGGACCUGCAGAGGACUCCGCCUCCCAAGGCGGGUGAGGACAUGCUGCACCGUGACGCGACGAGGACGCCGGAGGACAAGCUCCAAGGGGUUCGUCGUUUGCGUUGGGUGCCGGAGAACGGCAAAUGUGAGCUCCCGAAGUAGCUGGUGGAGAACCAGUGGUGGAUGAGGAUUCUGAUGCGGAUCCUACAAUUCGUUGCAUUAGACUGUGGCAUACCGGUCCGCAAAGGUUGGAGAUGCGGCC